ACGCGCCACACCCGGAAGCAGGAAGUUCUCGCCGCACCUGUCGCGAAGAUUCAUUUCUCGAAAAUUCCACUCAAGCUUUUCUCUAGUUUAUUCAACCUGCGGUUCUUUCAUGUCGUUACUUGAGGCUUCCACGGAGGAGGGAGCGGCGUCGUUCGCGGCGGUGGCAUUGGUGACCGAGGCGCCGCCGCCGCCGACCCCCCCAAAGAAGCCGCCCGGCGCGAAAGUUGAGGAACCGGCGACUAUCCGCGUAGUGAGCCAUUGCCACUUCGGAGACCCAUCCGGAGAGCCACCGCUGUCUCUGAAUCAAUUUAAAUGCAAGAAGUUCUUCGUCCUCAGGCCUGGCACGCUGCACCAAGCCGUCAAAGAGGUUAAAGUUCUGGUGGACCCACAAGUUGACGGCAACAUUCUCGGCGUCUGGCUUAUGGCAGAGGUGGAUCACUGGAACAACGAAAAGGAGCGCCUGACCGUCAUCACCGACAACUUCCUGCUGAUCUGCAAGUACGACUUUAUCAUGUUCCAGUGCGAGCAGGUCCAGAAGAUCCCGCUCAACAUGAUUGAUCGCAUCUGCUACGGGAGCUUCACUUUCCCGCCCAAUUCCGUACUUCACCGCGAAGGCGAAGGCUUGCGGGUCUUCUGGGACCGCUUAAGAGAGCCGACCCUCUUGUCCUGGUGGAACCCCUUCGCCACCGAUCUGCCAUACAUGACCUUCACGUCUCAUCCCGUGAGAAUGUUCGACGAUGCUUUCGCCACCAUUUGCCACAUGGAGAACUUCCGUGAGCAGCUCAAAGAAGCGGCACAGAAGGCCCACAAAGCCAAGCCGGUACCCGGGAAGGCCAAUGGUGUCCUGCUGCUGAACCAGGACAUCUCCAUCAAGGCCUACUUUGGCUUCAUGUCCUUCCUGGGCAACACCAACAAAAUGGGCUACUGCAUAGCGCGGGGAAACCUCGGCUUUUAAAGCUAGCUUCCUUUGAACCCCGGAAGAGCUGGAAGAAAUAGCGGCCGGGGAAAAGGAAGUUUGCUGAAGCUGAUGCCUCCACGACCCAAGCCCGACUAAACGGUAGAUAAUGGAUGGAUGAAUGUUUGGAGUCUUGUCAUUUGCAUUCCAGUUAAAAAGGGGCCUCAUAGAAAAUUAUUGGGCAGAUUAUAACAAACUUUAUAGUCUUAUUUAUAUUACGGUUACAUUUGAUUGUGUUGUGACGGUAAAGCGGGUAUUUUGUUACAGCAAAGCAGGUAUUGGUUUUUAUUGACUAUUUGUAUUUAUAGCAUCAACAAAUCACUUGUAAAAAAAAUAAAUAAAAAACCCCCAAUAAAGAUUUCUGUUUUUUAUGCAAUUU